CCGAGAGUUUUCCGCGUUAACACAACUCUGAAACGUCGAUAAAUUAAUUUUCUUUUGAUGAUUUUUCAUUUUCGAAACUUCAUUUAUCAGUUAUUUGCUUUCAAAACUAAAAUAGCGUUUAAUUUAUAUUUUGCUUAACAUAGAGACUUUGCAGUAUACCUAUAUAAUCAGAACCAUAUAGCUAGUAGUAUAGGUCAUAUUUAGAAUGGGAGCCAAAGGAAGUGUGGAAGCAGCAAAAAUCAAUGCACAAAAUUGGAAUGAUCUUGAGCACAAACAUCCAAAACAGUUUUCCACCCAUCACCAACGAUCCCAGUCGCUGAACAGGAACGUGCGCAGCACCCAGUGGAACAGCAAUCGAAGCAACGACUUCGGAGGAGGUGAUAUGUGGUGACAUCAACGGUGCCAGUGCCCAGCAGGAACGUUGCAGGGGAUGGGCAACAAAUUGAGCUGCUCAUGUGCACCACUUAUUAGAAAGGCAUACAGGUAUGACGAUUCACCAUGGCAAACGUCCAGAAGACGAGAUGGACAUCUACUUCGUCUCUGGGCAGAGGUUUUCCACGUAUCAGCCAGCGGCGGUGGACAAUUCAAAUGGCAACAAGUGAGCGAGGACUUGGUGCCAGUCAACAUAACUUGUAUCCAGGAUUCGCCAGAGUGUGUUUUUCACAUUACGGCCUACAAUUCGCAGGUCGAUAAAAUUCUCGAUGUUCGAUUAGUGCAACCUGGUACAAGAAUAGGUCAAGCUUCCGAAUGUUUCGUUUAUUGGAAAGAUCCUAUGACAAAUGACACGUGGGGUCUUAACUUUACUUCACCUAUCGAUGCUAAACAAUUUAGAGAAUGCUGUUCUCCAUCGUUCAAAUUUUCCCGAAAGGCUUCGUCUUCUUACUCACUCAAGCUCGAUCCUCCGAGCAAGCAGAAAUUCAAACAAAAACGAAAACCUCUGAGCACUCCAGCAUCGCCUUCGAGAGGUUCGAGAGAACCACAAUGCACCUGCAUGACUGCAGAGCAGUAUGCCAGGUUGAGAGCCCAGGAUCCUCGAUAUCGAGGAUCCUCAACGCUUCCUCGAGCCACUCGAAUGCCAGAAACUGAAGGAAAAAUAGAGAAAAUAGCUGCUGCUACUUCGUCUACGAGUCUUUAUGAUAACAUUGGGGCAACACAAACAUCUUCAUUGCCAGGUAUUAAAAUCAACCAAAGAGAAGGGAGCCAAACGAAACAGACUCGAGAUAGGGGUGUGCAGCCCCAAUCCGAUACAAGCACAAUGACAUCAAAUAGCUCAACUUGUCCUAAGACUGUAACCGCCUCUGUCGGGACGGAAAAUAAUGUUGAAACACAGGUAAACCACCAGACUGAAUCUCAAUCACAAACCACCGACCAACAACAACAAUCUGAAAGUACCCAAGCGGGAGGCGAAACAAUAUCAACAUCAACCAAAACAGCAAGUGCUUCUACGAAAAAAGAACAUCACAUAUUGAGCAAUGCCAAAUCUGUGGACUAUUCGGAUAUGGAAAUGAGCCGAGAUCCAGAAUUCCGAAGCGGACACAUGCAUAAUAAUGUUAGUAAUAAUUUGCAGUCAAGAAGGAACAAGUCAAAGAGUUCUGAAGAUAUGAAUAGAGAAAAUGGUAUGAGUUUGGACAGUAACACCCUAAAACGUAUGCUUAAACCAAUGCCAAGUCAAGAGAGCCCCGUCACCUCUCCAGAAAUGGGUAGGAAACGGUAUCACUAUUACAACCAUCACCAACCACGACACAUAAAUAACAACAAUAACAACCGUUAUUCGGAACCUGAUCCCAACAUGAACGCCCGAUCAUCUUUAGGGCCGAAUUCUAGAUUUUCCAGUUCACGAUCUUCUCACGAGAUUGGUAGAGGUUAUCCUGGUAGAGGGUUGUACUUGGAACUCGAACGUGGAGCGGCAGGAGAUUUUUCGCCACCUUCUGAUAAUGUCAUCUUUGAUAAUCAAUGUUAUGCUACCACGCCGAGUUCUAGUAAUGGGAAUUCGGACAUGGAGCAAACUCAGCAUUUCGGAAGACGGCGACUUCACCGACAGAAUUCCAGUAUUAACUCUACACCAGGUUCCCCAACAAGCCGACUACUUCUAGAAUACGAAAUGCACCUGAGAAAUACGUUGGCCAAAGGUAUGGAUGCGGAAAGUUACAGUUUGCACACGUUUGAAGCUUUACUUACACAGAGCAUGGAAAAUUUGGAAUUUGCAGAAAGUCUUCCAGGAUCGAAUCAAAGGAGUCCAUAUGCCAGAAAACGCCCAUCUUCUAGUGCUUCAAUGAAAUCCACAACUCUUCCAUUCAAUCAGCGAUUAGGCUUAAGGGAACGCGAUAGAGAAAGAGACGGUUACUACAGCGACCGUAACGAGUUAUUGCGAGAAAGAGAAAAAGAUCGUGAAAGAGACCGGGGAUAUUUGAGUGACCACAAUGCAAAUUCUCGAUGUGCGUCGUGUAUAGGCGAAUCGAGCCGAGCUCAAUGGUUCAGGCAUUCAGACGGAUGGAGGUCUGGAAGCUCAACUUUUAGCUCAGCUCAAGGACCCAAUACGACCGGACACAGAAGAGCUCCGUGGGACUCUUUACCAUCUUUACGUCAGGAGAGUAGCAUGAACGAUAGCGGUUAUAAAAGUAAUCCUGGAGACAGCUUCGAUCAAAGGGGAAUAUUCGAUAGACAAGACAGUUUAAGAUCUGAUUAUAUGAGCGACCGAGAAUCUUGCCGUUACGGUAUCGUUCAGCAAGCUUCAGUUGAAAGUGCCGACUCCCGACUGUGCUAUUUGACUUCAUCUGAGAUCUCGGACGAUGAUCGAAUGUCAUUGACGACUGCAGUGUCCGAUGAAGAUGAAGGGGAAAGUGUUAUGAAUUCUCCGUACAAGGCCAAACAAACUGGCACUGCAGCUGCCUCAUUCAAUUGUACUGGAGCUGUAAGAAAAGCCGGGUUCCUUAGUGUCAAAAAAUGGCUGCUACGAAAAAAGCACCAGAUCGAACUGGCCCGUAAACGCGGCUGGAAAGGUUACUGGGUCUGCCUGAAAGGCACCACGCUAUUGUUCUAUCCGUGCGAAUCCAGAGAAGGCCGCAGCGUGGAAGCGGCACCGAAACAUUUAAUCAUCGUGGACGGCGCGAUAAUGCAACCAAUUCCAGAACAUCCGAAACGCGAUUUCAUUUUUUGUUUGAGCACGGCUUUCGGAGAUGCGUAUCUUUUUCAAGCUCCUUGUCAGGUUGAACUAGAAAACUGGGUAAACAGUAUUCACAGCGCUUGCGCUGCAGCGUUUGCAAGACACCGAGGCAAAACUGGAACUUUGCACUUGCUCCAAGAAGAAAUUUACAGAUUAGAAAAAGCGAUUGAAACUGACUACAAACUGAAGCAUAUGGCCGAAAUGCAGCAAACAGUAGUCGUGGAAAUGGACGCUAGACAACAACUGUGCAAUCAAGUGAUGCAAUGGGAAGAAAACCUGGAACGACUGCAUUGCGAACAAUUCAGAUUGAGAUGCUACAUGGCCAGUCUUCAAAGUGGAGAACUUCCAAACCCUAAAUCUUUAUUAACCCACGUAUCAAGAGCAACGAAAAACACUUUAAACAAAUUGGGAGUGUUUACCGUGUCUUCUUUCCAUGCGUUUAUUUGUGCCAGGAGCCCUUCGCUUCUAAACAAUCUACUUGCAGGAAGAGGGGCGACGAAAAGACGACCGCCAUUGUUAUCCAGGUCGAAUAGCGGGUCAAGUAGGAGAUCUUUACAGAUAAACUCUCGAGAAGAAUCGGAAAAAACGAUAAAAGUAUCGUUGCCGGAUCAAGUGACUACAACUGUGUUCGUACGAGAAACGAUGUCCGUUGAGGAGUUCCUAUCAAGUGCCUGUGCCCGAAAGAACCUCAAUCCUUCGGAACAUUUUAUUCGGGUAAAGAAACGAAAGGACAUGGAAGACCACAAUUAUUUCGUUCCUCAUCGUAGUGAUCUUAUUGAAACAUAUUUGCACACGCACGAAAUAGUAGAAGUAUGUGCCAAAAUACUCUAUCAAGUAGAACUAUCCAGAAGCACUUUGGAACAAAUGUGGGGCUUCAGCGUCGAAGCUGAACUAGUCGAAAACGCCGACAGACAAGACGAAUUGUGUUGCUACGUGAGCCGCGUCGAAGAUAAAAGCGUCGCAAUGCAAAAUGGCAUAAUAAAAAGCGACGAAAUAAUGGUAAUAAACGGAUCGAUAGUUUCCGAUUUGGACAUGAUGUAUUUGGAAAGUGUGCUGCAAGAGGAACUGUCGCUCUGUAUGAUGAUGAGGUCUUCCAGGACCGAACCUCCUGAUAUCACUGGAAUGUUGAGAGCCACCGAUGAUAUUAUUGAGAGUUUGGUUUGUCCUCCUCCACCUACAGAACCUCCUGGUAUCAGCGAAGAAAUGAUUUCUGGACUUAUUGUCCCAGCACCAGGUAAAGAUAGAUACUCGACCGAAACAGAUAACCAAACCCUAACGGCAGAUUCUUUGAUGAAAGUGUCUUCGAGAACCAACUCGUUUGAAAUAGAAAAUUUGCUCAAAAGUGCCGAACAGGUUACCGGAUUUUGCCGAUCUCCGGUAGAAACUAGAAAAUGCCCCAACGCCAACAUUAAUUCUCAAGUCAUUAUAACGACACCUUCACGACAACUAUCAGACUCGGAAAAACUCAGAAAAGUUAUUAUGGAACUUGUCGAUACCGAAAAAACUUAUGUUAAGCAUUUGAAUAGUCUCUUGGAAAACUAUUUGGAGCCGUUGAAAAAAGAGACUUUCAUGUCGAAUGCAGAAAUUAACGCCCUUUUUGGCAAUAUCCAGGAAAUCGUUGCGUUUCAAAGGCAAUUUCUAAGAAAUUUGGAAGAGGCGAUAGAUUUGGAACCAGAUUUUCACAAAUUCGAAUAUCCCCAUCAUUUCAAGAAUAUUUUAUUCUCCAUUGGAAGUGCCUUCUUGUAUUAUGUCAAUCAUUUCAAAUUGUACAGCUCAUUUUGUGCUAGUCAUAGUAAGGCUCAGAAAGUGCUACAUCCAAAUGAAGGGAACCAGGCUCUUCAAGAAUUCCUUAUAUCCAGGAACCCGAAACAGCAACAUUCUUGUACCUUAGAAUCAUAUCUGAUUAAACCGAUUCAAAGAAUUUUGAAAUAUCCUUUGUUGUUGCAACAACUUAGGAAUUUGACAGAUCCGAAUACUGAUGAACAUCAACAUUUAGUUGAGGCUCUAAAAGGAAUGGAAAAAGUCGCGGAGCAUAUAAAUGAAAUGCAACGAAUACAUGAAGAAUAUGGAGCAAUUUUUGAUCACUUAUUCAGGCAACAUCAAAAAUCAUGCAAACAGUCAAUAGAUUUAAGUCCUGGAGAUCUUCUAUAUUACGGUGGAGUCGAAUGGCUAAAUAUAUCAGAUUUCCUUGGAAAAAUCAAAAAAGGACUCGAACUACACGCUAUGUGCUUCGUAUUCAAGACUGCUGUGGUAUUUUUGUGUAAGGAACGAUUGCGUCAGAAAAAGAAAAUCAUGGGUGUUACAUCAAGCAAAGCCGCCUCGUCCGAAGUAGAAAUCAUCCGGUACCAAGUCCUAAUUCCAGUAACUGAAGUGCAAGUCCGUGCCUCGUCAGCUAAAGACAUGGAUUCGCAUUUCUUGUGGGAAUUAAUACAUUUGAGAAGUCAAUUACAAAGACGAUCAGAGAAAAUUUAUGUGCUUUCCAACAGUACCGGUGAGUUUAGAAACGCGUUUCUGAAAACAAUACGGCAAAUAAUCAGAGAGUCGGUCAGAAACAUGUCGAUACCAGCUACUAAACCCGGUACCGGACCUGGAAUGCUACUAGUCACUGGACACAAAGGCGACCAUCAUCAUGUCAACAGUCAUAGUCACACUCUCGAAAGACCAAAACAACACGUGAUAAUCCAAGCAGGGUCCCACACUUUGGGCAAACCGAAAAAGCCGAAAUCUCAAAGACAUUCCGCGGGCAACAUUGACUACAGCAAUGCUGACCAGGAAUGCGAGGACAUGUCUGCAAAUUUUCGGAACAGGAGUAAAACUAUUGGAGAUACUGCUGAUGCAAUCCAUGAAAGAAUGAACCAUGAUCGAAACGAUACGGGGAUUAAAUCGGAAGGUGAAGAAGAUUCACAAUGUGGAAAUUCCAAACCUAAAGCUACACUAGGUAGGACACCCAAUCAUCUUACUUUAAGCACCACAUCGACAUUAUCAGCAGGAAGUACCGGAAGCCAAGCGCGUCUGAUCCAAUCUUCACAUCCACCGGAAAAGUUUCAGCCAGUACAACUAGAAGAAUUAGGUUCCCCCAUUUGGAAACCGAGAGAUGAAACUGCAGAUCACGGUUCUUCCACUCUAUCGAGGAAGGGACGCUCGGACCAUCACGUUCUGAGCGCCUCGCGAAAAUCAAUCAUAACUGCAGCGGAAAUGGAUGCACAAGAUCAGCAAUAGAAAGGGCCGAUUAUAAUAUAUUUCUUUUUAUAUUAAAAAAAUUAAAUUAUCUUGUUAACAUGUCACAAAAGAACUUAUAAACGUAUUUUAUAAUUGGAUUUUUUAUUUCCUGGAUAUCACUCAGCUUCUACAGAGAUGUAUGCACCAAUAGAAAGGACCGAUCUUUAUUUCUAAACUUACAUCAACCUUUAAAAAUGCGUUUUUCUAAGGUAAUCAAUGGAGAUUCAAACAUCAAUGUCCAUAUAAGCGAGAGAAGAAUCGUAAUCACAUAACUAAAGAUGCCAUCUAUAAGCUUAAAAUGCAAUAUUUGAUAAUAAAUAUGACCCUUAAAAAGCUUAUACUUACAGCAUUCAGUUCGCUUAAUACCAUCGGCACUCGCAUAACCAUUUUUAAAUAGCCAAGUACCAGAAUAUGUGAAACGUACAUGCAAAAAGUCAACUUACUCAAAACUUGAAACAAAGGAAUCGUUAAAAUUCUAUUGAUUAACCCUAGAAAGAUAUUUUAUGAAUUAAAAUAAAUUUAAUCUCAGUUGUUCCACAAACCUCCAUAACCAUUGUGGCAAGCAUAAACUAUCCAACCAAGCCCCAAACACCAAAAAAGUCUGAUGAAAAUGAAAUAAGUCUGGUACAUUCGAUCGUUUUCAUAAAUCAUUAUUAUUUCAAGUAAUUGAUAAGCUGAUUGCAUUAGAAUCAUAACUACUAGAACCAUAAUCCAGAUGACAAUGUUGUUGCUCUAAAAAUUUUAAAUAAAUAUUCCAAAUUAUAAUUAUACAGGGUGGGGCACGAAAAACUUCCCAACCAGGAUUUCUCAGGUCUUAGGUGAUUAAUAAAAAAUCGCUCAGACACGUAAUUUUUUGUUUUUGGGGGGACAUCUUUUAUUGGUAUUUUCACCCCUUACCUGUCAACCCUUAAGCGGAGGUGACAGGUACCCCCAAAAUUUCAAUAGGAAAGGGGGGUCAAGUGAUACGCCAUUUGAUAGUUAUUUUUAUUAAGAUUAUAUUCCCAAAGUUUCAAGUUGCUACUAUUUACCCUGUCGAAAUAACGGCUCAUCAAAGUUGUGUGUUUUUUACCUCAUAAUAACAUAACAGAUUUAAGAGAGCCGCGCAAAAGAAAAGAAUGUUCGAAAACUGUCAAAAAGAAGUUUUACUAGCAACAGCAGUGGUUACGAGUUACUCAGCAACAGGCGUGCCUCAGUUACUGAGAGUCCUAAUCGAUCAAGGAUCGCAGUCCUUCUUCAUAACCGAAGAAGCCGCUCAACUACUAGCCUGCCCUAGGCAAAAGAUAAGAGCUGAAAUAUCAGGACUAGGAAACAAAGAUCCCACUAUCUCAAAAUGUAGAAUAGAUGUUCAACUGAAGCCAAGAUUUCCAAGUCAAUAUUCCCUAGAUGUGCAACUUUUCGUGCUCCCGAGAAUAAAAAAGGCACUACCAGCAUAUGCUACCAGCCCAGUCACUGCCAGAACCUGACAGUAACCUACAGUAACGAUUGGAAAAACGAAAUGUUAGCAGAUCCGACUUUCAACAAGCCAGGGCCGAUAGACAUACUUCUCGGGGCCGAAGAGUACGGAAAAAUAUUACUGGAAGGCCUUAAGAAAAACAUCAAUGGACUGAUAGGACAGAAUACAGAAUUUGGAUGGAUGCUAUCAGGACAAAUGAUAGUAAGCAAAUCAGCAAACUUGAAAGUAGCUAGUAUGGUAACUCGCAUUAAAAAAGACGAGCAGCUAGCAAAGUUUUGGGAAAUCGAAGAAGUGGCUAUCGAUCAACAUUUCAGACCAGAAGAUCAAGCAUGUGAGAAAUUUUAUGCUGAAACUACGACAAGAAACAUGGACGGAUCAUACACUGUCAAAAUACCGUUCAAAGAAUCAACUCCAGAGUUAGGCCAAUCAAAACCAAGAGCUGUGGCAAGGCUACAACAGCUCGAGAAAAAAUUCGCCAAGGUUAAAGACCUGCAUCAACAAUAUGUAUCCUUCAUGGAAGAAUAUUUGAAACUUGGCCACAUGCGAAAAGUACCAUACCACGGACUAAGUCAAGGCAAAUAUUAUAUACCGCAUCAAGCCGUAAUUCGAGAAGAGAGCACGUCGUCUAGACUACGGGUAGUGUAUGACGCAUCAAGCAAAAGAAACACAAACGUGAGCUUGAAUGAUACGAUGUUCGUCGGCCCUCGCGCAAAUAAUUCUAAGGUGGCGCAUCGAAUUGCAUUUUCUGCCGACGUUGAAAAAAUGUACCGGCAAAUUAAAUUAGACAAAGAUGGCCUGCCAUACCAGAGAAUAGUAUGGCGCUUUAAGCCAUCACAACCAAUCCAAGAAUAUGAGCUAACCACUGUAACGUAUGGAACCGCUUCGGCACCAUUCCUAGCCAUUAGGACUCUUCAGCAAUUAGCCAAAGACGAAGAAGAAAACUACAAAAAAGCAUCACAAGUCGCCUUGAGAGACUUUUAUGUAGAUGAUGUACUCGGGAGCAAAUAAUUUAGAGGAAGCACAAGAACUCCAAAAAUCAUUAGUUGGCCUGCUGCGAGCAGGUGGCUUCUCUCUAAGGAAGUGGUCUAGCAACUCAGCUGCACUCGUGGAACAAGUUCCAGAAAACUUAAGGGAGAAAUCAAACUUGCUAUUGGGAGAAGAAACAAAAAAAUCAUUGGGAAUCCUUUGGGCCCCAUCAGAGGAUGUGUUCAUAUUCAGAGCAAAAAUCGACAAUACGUCAGAAGUAACUAAAAGGCACAUUCUCUCCGAAAUUGCAAAAAUCUUUAAUCCACUUGGAUGGCUAGCCCCAUUUUCCAUCAAAGUCAAAAUGAUGCUACAAGAUCUUUAGCUGCAAUAACUUGCGUGGGAUGAAAGAAUCAGCGUUGAGACGUUGGAACGCUGGUCGCAAUUCAAAGAAGACCUCAAAAACAUAAAUGAGAUAAAAAUCCCGAGGUGGUCAUACUUCAAUGGAGCACAAAUGAAGCUUCUAGGAUUCUGCGACGCCUCAGAGAAAGCAUAUGGAGACGUAAUUUACAGCAGAACCAUGAUGUCGGGAAAACCGUACAUAACGUUGCUACAGGCAAAAUCUAAAGUAGCUCCUGCAAGGAACAAGACUACCCUGCCAAGAUUGGAGCCGUAACGAUUCUUGCCUGGACAGACUCCAUGAUAACCAUCGGAUGGAUAAGAGGAGACCCACUUCGAUGGAAAACAUUUGUGGCUAACAGAGUUUGUGAAAUACGCAGGUCAAUACCGUCCGAAUGCUGGAACCAAGUGAAAUCAGCCGACAAUCCGGCAGAUGUCAUAUCACGUGGAACCGAAUUAAAAAUCCUGAAAAAUCUAUCCAUAUGGUGGAAUGGUCCAGCUUGGAUAAAGGAUAAAAAUCAGUGGCCAAAGACAGACAUUGUACUAGAAAUUCAACAAGAAGUAAAACAAUGUCACCAUGCCAAUGUUAAUAUACUUAAAGAAGAAUGGACCCGAUUCUCGAACCUGUCACGAAUGAUGAGAGUACUCUCCUUUUGCCGAAGGUUUAUAAAAGGAUCUCCAAAGGAAAACAAUUAAGUGCCUGAAGAAAUGUCCACGACCCUACAGACGAUAAUCCGAUGUGUUCAGAAACAAAAACUAUCAUCCGAAUAUCAAGCACUAUAGCAGAAAAAAAGGGAUUGAAUAACAAAAGUAAGAUACUAAAUCUAAAUCCGUUUCUGGAUCAAAAUGGCUUGAUACGAGUUGGUGGAAGACUUGAGAAUUCAACAGUGCCGUUCAAUCAAAAGCAUCCAAUAAUAAUUCGGAGACACACGCAUUUGACAGAGCUACUGAUAAAAAACGCACAUGAAAGAACAUUACAUGGAGGAAAUCAGAUAACAAUAGCUUAUUUGAGACGAAAAUAUUGGAUCAUCAAUGGAAAAAAGGCGACAAAAUCAGUAAUCAAUCAGUGCGUUAGGUGCGUUCAUUACAAAAAAGAAACCGCACAGCAACAAAUGGGAGAGCUUCCAACUCUAAGAGUGACAUCUUCACCUCCGUUUAGCCACACUGGAAUCGACUACGCAGACCCUAUUCAGAUUCGGUCAUCUAAAGGCAGAGGACACAAAUCGUACAAGGGCUACAUAGCAGUCUUUGUAUGCCUUGCCACAAAAGCAAUACACCUUGAAGUGGUAAGUGAUAUGUCUUCGGAAACGUUCUUGGCAGCGUUUCGACGAUUCACCGCUCGAAGAGAACGAUGCUCACACAUAUACAGCUACAAUGGGACAACAUUCGUCGGCGCUGCCCGACAGUUAGAAAGUGAAGUCAAGGAAGUGAUAGAAAAAUCACAAGUCAUGGACGUAAGCAGGGACACAAUGGCACUUCAUCCCUCCAACAGCACCUCACUUCGGAGGAAUAUGGGAGGCGGGUGUAAAAUCAAUGAAACAUCAUCUGAAACGAGUGAUUGGCGAAACCACUCUGACUUAUGAAGAAUUAACAACGCUCAUGCAUGAGAUCGAAGCCUGCCUAAAUUCGAGACCCAUGCCCACUUGGUGAUGACGUCGAUGAUUCGAUGGUACUCACUCCCGGACACUUUCUAAGACCGAUAAUAUCACCACCAGACCCGAUAAGCACGGAAAUUAAUCCUAGCCAUUCCCAUAGAUGGAAGUUGGUGCAAAAAUGAAGAGAGACUUCUGGAAGGCUUGGUCAACAGAGUACCUGAGCAGACUACAGGUACAAGUGGAACACGGUACAGGAUAAUCUGAAAGUCGGAACAAUCGUCAUCAUAAAAGAAGACUUCAUAAAUCCAGCCCAAUGGCCGCUAGGAAGAAAAAUAGAAGUUCAUCCUGGCAAAGAUGACCUAAUCCGAGUUGUCACAUUGAGAAAAGGCAACACAACAAUAAAACGGGCCAUAACCAGCUUGAUUCCAUUACCAGAAGAAAAAACAAACGAACCAACACAGGCAAUACCAGAAGCCAAUGAAAAAGCCGUAAGAGAAAAUAACGGUAUAAAUAGAAGCACGACCAAAGUUUGUCAAUUCCUCCUACUAGCAAUGUUCAUCAUAUGGACACCGACCAGUGAAGCAAACUACACGAUUCAUCAUCCGCAAAAAGGCAUAUAUGUGGAGCAUAUAGGAGUAGCAAGGAUAAACAGAGGGAUGUUCCGACUACAAAUAAAUAUAGACAAGAAAUGAAUCAACAAAGAUGUAGAAAAUGCUUCAAGAAUCAUCGAAGAAUUCCAGCAGCUGUGCAAAAAGACAAAGGUCCUAUCCCAGGAGACCCAGUGCGAACUAUUGUCCAAGCACUUAAGUAGUACAGCAACAGGGGUAUGACUACAAAAAUCCGAACAUAACCUCAAUCUUUCAUUCUUGACACGUGGUGGAUGCGCCGCCGUUGACACGAAGGUGGAUGCAUCGUCGGCGCCAUCUUGUCAAACGUCAUGGCGCCAUCUAGCGUACAUAGUGUGAAGCUCGUAAUACAGGAUGCUGUAGUUGGGACCCGUAGGGCUCCGCCCCCCAAAAGGGGGCCCACAGGGCUGCGCCCCCCGAAAAGGGGCUCCCCGGAUUUUAUCAUGGGUGCCAGAAAAAGGGGUGGGGGGAAACGUUUUCCCGCCAUCUUGUCAACCGUCAUCUGUCAAACGUCAUCUGUCAAACGUCACCUGUCAAACGUCACCUGUCAAACAUCACCUGUCAAACGUCACCUGUCAAACGUCACCUGUCAAACGUCAUCUGUCACCUAUGAUGACGUCAUACCGGGUUAUUGAGGUGAAUUCUUGCAAUUACAGGUUCCUGUAAUAUGGAGUUUGCGUGGAAGGGAUUGUUCCGAGUCGUUUCGAAAUCGCUACGUAUAUUAAAUUAUGGUUCUGUGAUGACGUCAUAGCGACCUGGGUCACGUCCGUGGAGUCAUUUAGAGUACAUAGUGCAAAGUUUGAUUCAGGGUUCGGGUUCUGUGAUGACGUCAUAGCGACCUGGGUCACGUCCGUGGAGUCAUUUAGAGUACAUAGUGCAAAGUUUGAUUCAGGGUUCGCGUUCUGUGAUGACGUCAUAGCGACCUGGGUCACGUCCGUGGCGCCAUUUAGAGUACAUAGUGCAAAGUUCGGGUUCUGUGAUGACGUCAUAGCGACCUGGGUCACGUCCGUGGCACCAUCUAGCGUACAUGUGUCAAGUUCGAUGUGUCUUAUAACAGGAUGCUGUGGUGGUGACGUAACUAUGAGGGUCCAGCAGCUAGCUUCAUGUUGUACCUGGUAGAGGGUGUUCGAGCUCAAGGAUGAUACACACCUACAGGAUUGCUUAUUGACCUCGUGUGUUACCAUUUACGACGCCAUAACUAAGCCAUCAGCUGUUUAAACAACCUACGUCAAGGCGAGAAAUAACAUGCUGCUUACGUCACAACUGGUGAUUUAACGUUGGGGAGAGAGUGGAUUUGUUCCACACAGGCCUUAUGAGGAUAGGCUAUCCUGUAGUAGUAGUGUGUAUUAUCCUUGGUUGGAACCAACAUUUGAUGGGGAAGGGGCCUCGUUUUUUUUUUUUUAUUAAAAACAUACAUUUUUUAAGACAACGAUUUCAAAAAGCGAAUAUUUUCCAUCAAUAAACUGCUUAAUGAUCCAAUCAUUUUGGUGGUACGUCUUGGGAGAAACACUGCGUUGUCGUCAAAUUCAACGAGUAUUUCAAAUCCAUAGCUAAAAAUAUGCCACAAUUGUAUCGAUUACCUAAGUAUAUAAGAUAUUUACUUACUAGGUUAAAAUAAUAAUUGUUGCUCAAUAAUUUUAUAAUCCUCACUGUGACGAGAAAGAAUACAACACUGUGGGCACCCCUUUUAAUUCGAACUUCGCUUGACAUCUGUUGAUCUACCUUAAUUUGUAUAGUUUACUGGUUCCAGUAAAGAUUUGCAAUUAUUUUGAGGUCUGUAUCGUAGAAAAUAUUGGGUACACUCACUUUCUACGAGGACUUAUAAUUUUCUCAGCGUUUUUGAUCCUUUGUUAUAAAAAGACAGGUCUUGUUGAUUGAUUUCAAAUCCAUAUCUAAAAUAUUCAUAAUUGUAUCGAUAUUAGUAGGUAUAUAAGAUAUUCACUUACUUGGUUAAAAUGAUAAUUGUUGUGCAAUAAUUUUAUAGUUCACCGAGUUUCAAACAAGACUAAAAGAGCUUAGUUAUUAUAAAAUCCGAUUUAAACUUUGAAGUAAUCACAUACAAAAAACGCUGCCAAAAUAUUGGGAAUUUCACUUUCUAUGAGGCUUCAGGUCUUGUAAUUUUCUCAGUGUUUUUAAUCCUUUGCUAUAAAAAACAGGUCUUGUUGUUGAUUGAUAUUAGUAUAUAAGAUAUUUACUUACUUGGUUAAAAUGAUAAUUGUUGUGCAAUAAUUUUAUAUUUUUCACUGGUGACGAGUUUGAGCAAACUGAAAGAAGCUUGUUAUUAUAAAAUCCGAUUUAAACUUUGAUAUCACAUACAAAAGCACCGUCAAAUGUAAACGCUUAUUCGGCAGUUUUUUUAUCUGAAUUAUAUCAGGACCGUUCGCAGAAAUCGCCCGAGAAAAACAACAACACAUUUUAAAGAUAAUUUUUUAGUUUAAGGCGUAAUUAUUAAGUUAGAUAUUUGAUAUGUCCAUUUUUAUUUUAAAAAAGGUGACAAAUUCAAUCGAUUUAUCAAAAUUUAAAAGAAUAGAUUUAAAUUAGCAUCGUUGACAUUUUAUGAGCCAAUAACCCUAUGCAAUACAAAAUUUAAGUGGAUACAUUGUUACCUGUAAAAGAUGAGGAUUCAAUUUUUAUUCUUUGUACAAAAAACGCAGCAUCCAGUACCAGUACUUUGAACCUGGAUUUUCAAAGUUUAGUUUCUUGUGCGAUAAGUGUCGGUUUCGAAAAACUGUAAGUACUAUUUUUUAAUAUCUAAGUGAUGUAGGAUAAAUCAUGCCCUGAGACAUAUUUUAAAUUAACACAAACCUCGAUUAUUGAAUUAUUUUUAUUUUCCUUAACACAUAAACAUAUUGUUUGUUUUUUAAAAAUACAGACAACCCUGAGUACCUAUUUUUUAAUUUAAUUCCAAUAGUUUUUUUCGGAGCAACUUGAAUUUACUUUUACACUUACAUUUGCACAAAACUCAAAUUUCUUUUUCUAAAAUUUAGGUAGGUUCUUUAACCAAUUUAAACUGGUUUUAUUUUUUCAUUUAUUUUAAAACAAACCUCCAUAAACAGCGAAUUUUUAAUUUUAUGUACAAAAUCGUUCACCAGGAAGGAGAUAACCUGAAACGUCAUGGGAUUGCUAAUCAUCUUCCAAGAUCUGUAACCAGUGUGGUGGGAUUUUUAAAGCAGAGGGGGCUAUCCAACACCAUCAAAACACCCAGCUCCAAGAGAGCCUCCAAACGAAAGGCUGGAGAUCCCACCGCCCCCAUGAUGAAGCAAGCUAGACUUUUGCUGGUAAGUUGACAUUAAUCGCAUUUUUUAAAUCUAAUUUAAUUAUUUUCAGGACCUUCAAUAUCAGCCACAUGCCGGUGGUGUGAGGAUUGCGACUUGGAGGCACCGAUAAAUCAAUGGGUUGGUCAUCUUCGGUGUCUCUAGCACCGAGCCAACACCUGGUGAAGCAGGAGGAAGACGUUAGUCUUGUCAAAACAUCUUUCAAGAACCGAAUUGAAACAUAGCGGCUUUCAUCAAAGCAGGACCCUAUCAGCGUGAAGCACGUUUUGAAAUUAGCUGUGGCAUACCUAUCCAGUAUUAGGACGGACGGAGGACACAAUUACCAGGAUAGCAGAAAAUGCGUAUGCGAAAAAAAUAAUUUAGAGCAAACAGUUGAAUAGCGCAAGGAUAUGAGAAAACUAACUUCGCACAUUCUUGAGCAACCGACCCACCGAAUUCAGCAAACAUGCGUACACGUACACGAGAAGAAGGGGUUUUAGAACUGGUUUUUCCUUUAACAAAUCACGGUAACUAUGGAAUAACAUAAUAGAGGACUAAAAUAUGACACAAGUAGCCUAUAAGGGGCCCCAAUAGCCUCAGUAAAGUGCUAGAAAGAUACCGGUUGCCACUACCACCCCCUGCUCAGAAAAAAAAAAAAAAUUGGUCAUUUGGGUUUUCAGGCAUCCUGAACAAAAAGUUCACAGAAUUCCAGGAAAAAGAAAGCGGUGUGUAUCAUUUCAAUUGCAGUGUUAUAUACUAAACAAUAUCUCUUACAGGCUGGACGCUCCAACAACUUUAAGCUCUAAAUAUAAGUAUCAAUAGGAUCAUAACCCUCUAAAAGCCUAUUCAUAUCUGCCAGUACCAGGAUAACCUGUAACGUCAUGGGAGUUGCCGCACAUCUGCAAUCAAUGUGGUGGAAUUUUCAAAUCAUUUCAUCCACAAAUAACAUGGGUUGAGGAAAAAAGUAUGCGGAAAUUUGGGAUCUGUUUCUAUUUAAAUACUCAAUAUCUAUUGAAAAAAAAAAAAAAUAUUCAAGGGUGACGAUAAAGACGUAUUUCAUUUUUAUGAUUAUGAAUAUUGAUACAAUUUAGAUGGUAGUCGCACUCACAGUCCUAUUAACCAUAUUGGCAAUGAUUGUUGAGAAUAAAAAUAAGCUUUAGUAUAAACUAUGUUUUAUUCUCCUGAGAAUGACAGAGAUGAAGCCACCAUUGAUCUCUGUAUACCAUCAACCCACAGUCAAAUAGCGCCAGCACACACUUAACAUAAUAUCAUACAACUUUUAUUUAUGUUCCAAAAUUGUAUCAAGAUUAUUUCCAUUUCAAUAAUUUUUGAAAAGAAACUUCUUAAGCGGCUUUCUGCUAUUUGGACGACAAUGGAGAGUGAUUUGAAAAACGCGUCACGGGCAAAUUUCGUUACUCGAGAGAGAAGAAAGAUGUAACGUAAAGGAACAGAGAAAGACAGCUAUUGAUUGACACAAACCAAGGAUUAUAAGCGUCGAGAGGAGUGUCCAUUAUUGACAAGCGCCGAUAUUGACACAAACCAAGGAUUAUAAGCGUAAGGAGGAUUGCCUAUUAUUGACAAGCGGUAUUGGAAACAUAAAAUCAUUUCUGGCGAAUUUCGAGGUUUUCCUGAUAUCUCUGGACAGCACUCGGAAUUUUUGAAAUAUCAAAGCAGCAUAAUAAUGAGCACAAAGUUGCACUAUACUUUCUUCUGAUUCAACCGACGUCGGGUCUCUUUCCGUAGGAUUCCAAUACAGGAUUCGAAUAGGAUUCAAAAUAGCUAGUAUUCGAAUGCUACCCAAGUCUCCCAAAGUACCAAGUGUUAUCACAGGAGUCUAUUCGAAACAUGCCGCAUUAGUAAUAAUUAUCAAACUUCAAACUUGUAUAACAGGAGACUUUCUCAUUGAAAUGAAGCAUUACGUUGAUAGACUUGAUACUGUUUACAAUGCCAAUCCCCAUUAAGUAUACAUGCCCCAGAUGUAAGGGUGAAACUGAUAUACCCAAUCGACUUUGUUUGCCUUGCGAGUUUUCACAAUUUGUUGAACAAAAAAGGAUACCAUCCCAUUAUUUUGCACAACUCGAACGUAGAACCUAAAUUAUGAAGUUGUACUAGUAAAUUUUCUAUUAAAUAAAACUUUUGUUAUUA